GGAACCUGAGAACAUUAUUUCAAUCCCAAUGUUACUCUGACAUUUGUGUUUAAGAUUCAAGAAGAUUAAGACUAAAAAGAUGCCUCAGGAACAGUACUCACACCAUCGGAGCGCCAUGCCUAGCUCUGAGGGGCCACACAUUUACAAAGUGGGGAUUUACGGCUGGAGGAAGAGAUGCCUGUAUUUCUUUGUCCUGCUCCUCAUGAUUUUAAUACUGGUGAACUUGGCCAUGACCAUCUGGAUUCUCAAAGUCAUGAACUUCACAAUUGAUGGAAUGGGGAACUUAAGAAUCACAGAAAAAGGUCUGAAGCUAGAAGGAGACUCAGAAUUCUUACAACCUCUCUACGCCAAAGAAAUCCAGUCCCGACCAGGUAAUGCCCUAUACUUCAAGUCUGCUAGGAACGUGACAGUGAACAUUCUCAAUGACCAGACAAAAGUGCUGACUCAGCUGGUGACAGGUCCGAAAGCUGUGGAAGCAUAUGGCAAAAAGUUUGAAGUAAAAACUGUAUCUGGAAAAUUGCUCUUUUCUGCGGAUGACAGUGAAGUGGUUGUGGGAGCCGAGAGAUUGAGAGUCUUGGGAGCCGAAGGCACAGUCUUCCCCAAAUCCAUAGAAACGCCUAAUGUCAGAGCAGACCCCUUCAAAGAACUAAGGUUGGAGUCCCCAACCCGAUCUCUAGUGAUGGAAGCCCCAAAAGGGGUAGAAAUAAAUGCAGAAGCUGGCAACAUGGAGGCCACCUGCAGAAGUGAGCUGAGACUAGAGUCCAAGGAUGGAGAGAUUAAGUUGGAUGCUGCAAAAAUCAAACUACCUAAACUGCCUCGUGGAUCCUACACACCCACAGGAACAAGGCAGAAGGUCUUCGAGCUCUGCGUCUGCGCCAAUGGGAGGUUAUUUCUGUCUCAGGCAGGAACUGGUUCCACUUGUCAGAUAAACACAAGUGUCUGCCUUUGAAAGACUAUCCAUAGUGGACAAUU